AUGCCCGUUUUUGUACUGACCACCAAUCUUGGCGCGGACAAAAUUCCGUCCGGUUUUGGCGAAAAGCUGACCAAUGUAGUGGCGCAAACGCUCUGCAAGCCUGCUUCCUAUGUCGUCGUUCAGAUUAAUCCUGGCGCCAAUCUGUGUUUUGGCGGAGACGGACAAACUCCAGCUGGCAACUGCCGUCUGAGCAGCAUUGGCAGCAUUAGCAGUCAGCAGAACAAGAAAAGCUCGGAGAAGAUCAUGGGCUUUAUUGAGAAAGAGAUCGGAAUUCCAUCUGACCGAAUGUACAUUGAAUUUGUUGAUCUUAGCCCGGGAAAUGUUGGAUGGUCUGGCUCUACCUUUUAA